AUGAUGAAAAACAUGUGUAAAUUCACCUAAAGAAGGUUACUCUGUUUAGUUUUAUUAGUGACAGGUGUUGAUGUGACUAAUAAUGAUUUUUAAGUAUGGUUGAAAGAUAAAGAGAAAAAUUCACUUUGUGUAGUUGGUAGAUUGUUUGAAUUGCUUUUGAAAUCCUGCAACUUCAAAAUUUUUUGA